AUGGUUGCACUUCAAGAUGUUGAUGGUAACGGGCUGUUUUGCGGGCUCCACGGCCAUGGAGAUCAUGGUGAUGAUGAGGAGCUUGUUAUGGUUCAUGUUGGGUAUUUGCAACUUUUCUUCGGUAUUUAUGACAAUCCUGGUUUUCAAUUUCAGAUAAAAACACUAGUAGAGAAUAGCAAGUCAAUUAUAGUCACAGGACACUCUAUAGGAGGAGCAAUAGCAUCACUAACAGCAUUAUGGCUGCUCUCCUACCUCCAAAAUAACCCUUCUCCUCCUCCGCAGAUCCUCUGUAUAACCUACGGUUCACCCCUCCUAGGCAACAAAUCUCUCGCCAAAUCGCUCCUCCAACAAAGAUGGACUGAAAGCUUCUGCCAUGUGGUGCAUAAAAGUGACAUAAUUCCUCGGCUUCUCUUUGCUCCCUCGCUUCAAACCGAACCUCUUUCCUUGUUUCAGUAUAUUCAAUCAUCAAUAUCAUGUCAACCAGGCCAAGUGCGCGUUCAUGUAACUGAAGAAAUGAAGGAGCAAUUGUUUAUGUUUGUAUUGGAUAACACUGAGGCAAUUGCAAAAACAUGUGCAGAAAGUAUGGAGGUUCCUACCCGGGUACUCUGGCCUUUCGGAAAUUAUCUGUUUUGUUCAGAAGAAGGAGCAGUCUGUGUUGAUGAUGCUGUAACUGUUGUUAAGUUUCUGCAUUUGAUACUUGCAGCUGGGAAUUCGACUUCGUGUUUUGAUGAUCAUUUUAAGUAUGGUGUUUGUAUAGAGAGAAUGUCUUUCCAAUUUCUGAUGAGAAAAGGGUUUAUACAAGGAGAUAAUCCUACAUCAAGCUAUGAAGCAGGGAUUAAAUUAGCAGUGGAGUCUACAGGAUUAGCAAGCCAGGAAUCAGUUUUUAAAGAAGCUGAAGAGUGCCUGAAACUGGGGAAACAAAGGGGUUUAACUCCAAAUCUGAACAUUGCAAGGUUAGCCAUAGCUCUUGCCAAAAUUACACCUCAUAUGGCACAAAUAGAGUGGUAUAAAACGUCCUGUGAUUUGUCCGAAAAUCAAAUGGGAUACUAUGAUUCAUUUAAAACAAGACAAGCAUCAAAGAGAGACAACCAAGUUAACUUAUUCAGAAUCAAGCUAGCAAGUUUUUGGGAUAAUGUGAUUAGCAAGAUAGAUAACAAUGAACUUCCUUAUGAUUUUCCCAAAAAGCGAAAGUGGGUGUAUGCUUCUCAUUCUUAUCAGCUCUUGGUUGAGCCAUUGGAUAUUGCGGAGUAUUACAGAAGCAAUGAGCAAUUGAAGAAAGGACAUUACUUGAUAAAAGGCCGAGAAAGAAGACACGAGCUUUUUGAUAAGUGGUGGAGGGAGAUGAAUAACGGUGAAGAAGAGAACAAGAGGAACACGUUCGCAAGUUUAACACAAGAUUCAUGCUUUUGGGCGCGUGUAGAGGAAGCUAGAGAGUUGCUUGAGAUGGUCAGAAGAGAGACGAACAUGAGUAAUCUGGCUCGGUUAUGGAAACUUAUAGAAGAAUUUGAGCAAUAUGCUAAAGAACUAAUUGACAGCAAGAAGGUUUCCUCUAAUGUCUUAGCAAUGAAUUCAAGCUACAUCAAGUGGGUAGAAGAGCUCAAAGAAUUAAGAUUACAAAUGCAGCAAGUUAUCAAAUCGUAA